UAACAGUAAAGCCAAAAUUAAAAACAGCAGGGGGAAAGAGAGGGGGGAGGGAGAGAUCUGCAAGGGAUUCUCACGUUCUUGUUAAAUCCCUGCCAAAGUUUGGGAUUUUUCCCCCUCUCGCCCGACGUCUAUCUCCUCUGCCCCUCUCCAAGAUCUCGUCGCUUAAUUCGUUCUGUGAUUCGACUAUUUUGUUCCUUCGAUUCGUAUAUUUUUUUUUCGGAUAUCUGAGCUUGUUGCCCGUUCUCUCUAUAAGUUUUUUUUUGUUUUGAGAUUCGUCGCCGGGCGGCGUCGGAGCGGGAAUCCUUGGUAUUCUUUGGGCCGGUGCUACGGCGAGCAUUGGAGAUUUGUGGGGUAAAUCGGCUGGGUCUCGGGGUUUGGGCAUGGCUUCGGCGCACGUCCUGCCAAAUUCUGCCGCUUCUUCACGCAAGGGCCAUCUCGAAGCUGGGAAGAAACGGCUAGAGGAGUUCCGUAGGCAGAAGGCUGCUAAGAAGGCAGCAUCUACUGGCCAGUUGCAGUCAGCUGAUGUUGACGAACAUGGUAAACAUGCUCAAAAUAGUGAGCAUGUGAGAGAUGGCUCUGUAUCUGGUAGAGAUGGUACAACUGUUACCUAUCCUUCUGGGUCAGUUACAUCUCAUGAAAAUAAGACAGUUAGUCCUUCCCAAAGCACUGGUGCUGGUUCCGCAAAUGGGACAUCUGCAACCUCUUCCUCCUGGCUUAGCAGCAAUAAUGCAUUUCAUGGAGAUUUAGAACAAGAACCUGUGAGGGAUGAAGUUUCUAAAUUAUAUGGAAGCUUAGGCUUUUCUCAGCUGAACAAUGGUUAUUAUGACCAUUUCAGAGAGAAUGGUGAGCUUACUCGUACGAAAUCUGAGCCAACUGAUGUUAUUACAGUGGAUCAGCUUAUUAGUUUAGAUUCACUUCAUGCAAAGCCAAACAUUGAUAAGAAACCAGACCCUUCAGAUUUUCUUUCUACAUGGGACUGGUCGGGGCUUCCCAGCACUUCAACCGAUACAUCUGGAGUACACAAAGACUCCUUUCUUGGAGUGGGGCAACCUAUUCGUGGUGGCGGCAUGGACUAUCAUAGUGCUUCGGGUAUAAAUACAGGAGGCGGCCAGAUUGCUGAUGCCAUUAGUCGUCACCUCAAUGUUGGCAGUGCACCUUGGCAUGGAUCAGAACCACCAUCUGCAGAUUUCCACUCAGCUUUUAGAAGUUCCUCUAACCAAAAUCCAUUUCCUUCAUCUGGCUAUGGAACUACUUUUGGUCGAUCUCGUCCAUCUUUUCUUGACUCCAUUGGUGUGCGUAGAGUAUCUUCUCUGUCCCAUAUGCCUGAUGACAAGCCCGAGAAAGCUAAUCCACCUUCAUAUUUUAGUAGUUCAAAUUUUGACAGUACAGAGGUUCACUCAUCAUCUUCUCAGCAACAGCUGUCUGCAGCGCUUAGCACUAUUGAACAAUCUUAUGACUCGAGAACUAUGGAUGUUAACAUUGAGAAGGAGCCAUCCUUGACUUCUGUUUCUAAAGAUAUGCCACUUUUGGAGGAGGGAGUAGGGGAUCAUGAUAUGCAGGGGGACCACACUAUCCCAAUUCUGAAGAAAGAUGAAGAUUUUGCAGCAUUGGAGCAGCACAUUGAAGAUUUGACCCAAGAAAAAUUUUCUCUACAACGAGCUCUUGACACAUCACGAACGCUAGCAGAGUCAUUGGCUGCUGAGAAUUCAUCUCUGACUGAGAGCUAUAAUCAACAGGGAAAGGUUAUCAGCCAGCUAAAAUCUGACAUGGAAAGGCUUAAGGAAGAAAUCAAGGCUCAACUACUGGCACUUGAGUCUGUCAAAAUGGAAUAUGCAAAUGCACAGCUAGAAUGCAAUGCUGCUGAUGAAAGAGGGAAAAUACUUGCAUCUGAAGUCAUUAGCUUAGAAGAGAAGGCACUCAGAUUGAGGUCAAAUGAGCUAAAGCUGGAAAAGCAACUGGAGAAUUUGAAUUCUGAAAUCACUUCAUAUAGACGUAAGGUGUCUAUUUUAAAGAAAGAACGCCAGGACUUCCAGUCCACCAUCAAUGCUUUGCAGGAAGAGAAGAAACUUCUUCAGUCUAAGCUACGGAAAGCAUCUGCAGAUGGGAAAGUCAAAGAUACAAGAAAAGCUUCCCCUAGUAGAAGAGAUGCAUCUACUUCUACAGAAGAUUUAGGUGCUGAAAAUGUGAAUCUUGUUGCCGGGGAGGCUACUGUUCCAGAAGCAAUGCUCAAUGAUAGCCUAAAUGCAUUGCAGGAUAUCAGCUUAUCUGUGUCUCUUCCUGAAGAUGGAAGAUUAAAUCUUCCAGAUGGAUCUGAUGGUAUUCCAGUAGAUCAGCUCAGAAUGAUUGACAACAUCAAUACGCUGAUAUCUGAGCUAGCAUUGGAGAAAGAAGAGUUGGUGCGAGCACUCAAAAUUGAAUCAUCUAAUUGUUCAGAGCUGAAGGACUUGAACAAAGAUCUAUCACAAAAACUGGAGGCACAGACCCAGAGGUUAGAGCUCAUGACUGCUCAACGAAUGGCUGACGAGAAUGUUUUGGCAAAGCCUGUAGAUUCCCAUAUCAUGCAUGAUACAAUAGAAUAUGCUGAUGAAGGCGAUGAGGUAGUUGAGAGGGUCUUGGGUUGGAUAAUGAAGCUCUUCCCUGGAGGCCCAGCAAAGCGGCGAACAAGCAAGCUGCUGUAAAGGAGAAAAGAACAUUAUGAUAUAAUGGUGAUACUAUCAUUAUUAUUUUUUUUUUCUACUAAUGAUAGAGUGGAGGUCUUCAAAUCUGUAUAUUAGGUUCUUAAGUUUAGUCAUUCUUUUUCUUUAAUAGAAGGAAAAAAAAAAAUGGAAUACUUGGUGUUCCUUCCAUGAAUCAUGUAUGGUAGCACACACACCGACUGGAAAUAAAAGAAUGGCCCUUAUCAUUCUUUUAGCUGAAGGCUGUUUUGUGUACCUUUGGGGGUGAUAAGUGUCAGAAAGAACUAUUUUCCUACUUGUAUGUCUUUUUUUCCCAUUUUUAAUUUGCUGUUUCUGGAGAGA